CUUUACAAAUUCAAAAUGGCUGCGCCCGUAAGAAUUGUAGAAGCAUCUGAUACGGAAGUUGCAGCAAAACUUUGUGCGUUUGUUGUAGAGACAGCCAACAAAGCCAUCGAGGAACGUGGGCAAUUCACUGUGGGGUUUUCAGGUGGAAGUUUAGCCAAAUUUUUAUGCAAUGGUUUGCCGGGAAAAGAAACGGAUUGGUCCAAAUGGAAGAUAUUUUUCUGUGAUGAGAGACAUGUGACCUAUUCUGACCCAGAAUGUACCUAUCAGAUCUACCUGACAGGCCUAGUGAAGAAAGUUGGCAUGGAUGAAAGUAACAUUUUUCCAAUUAACCCAGAUAUCUCAGUUGAGGAAGCAGCAGAGGAGUAUCUGAAGAAGGUCCGAACUGUAUUCCCAGGCGACAGCAUUCCAAGGUUUGACAUGCUGUUGUUGGGAAUGGGUCCUGAUGGUCACACAUGUUCCUUGUUUCCUAAACACCCUCUGUUACAGGAAACAUCUAAGAUAAUAGCUCCAAUAAAGGACUCCCCCAAACCACCUCCCAGUCGUGUCACCAUGACCUACCCCAUCAUAAACAACUGUUCCUGUGCGGUAUUUGCAUCCUGUGGAGCCGGUAAAGCUGAAAUGGUCCAGAGAGUAUUGGAGGGGGAUGAAGAGGACCCCCUUCCUGCUGCCCGUGUACAACCCACUGAAGGCAAGGUAAUCUGGUUCCUAGAUAAGGCAGCAGCAGCAAAUCUCAAGUCACAAUGACUAGUGACCGAACAAAAUAGGACAACUCUAUCAAAUAAACUCUGAUAGUACAAUAGCAACGAGGAACAACUCUAUCAAACAAACUCUGAUAGUACAAUGGCAACAAUGAAUAACUCUAUCAAACAACCUCUGAUAGUACAAUGGCAACGAGGAACAAUUAACUCUAUCAAACAAACUCUAAUAGCACAAUGACAAACAACUAUAUCAAACAAACUCUGAUAGCACAAUGGUAAUGAGAACUUCAUCUCUUCAGUGUCAUUCCAGGUCAUCUCUGGGAGAGCAUGUGAUUGAAAGAGUCUGGACUGAUAUACAAUGUAGUUGCAUGAAUUGUAACAGAGGAAACAGUUGUUUUGGGUAUUUUGUAUACACCCGUUAUAAAAUUGGUUGUAUUAUGUUGAGGCAUUGUCUUUUCUAGAACAUGUUACAGAUGGACUUUGUCAGCUCUUGACACAGAGUCUUUAUAUACAUAACUUGUCCCUUGUCACACAUUUUUCAAGAAGCUGAAUUGAGUUAGCAGGAUAAAAGAUUUGAUAUGUAUUUGAUCCGUCAUAUAUAUACCUACCAGUACUAUACUAGGUCACGGGUAAUAGAGAGCACUGAUUUCUGUUGGAUCUCAUUAGCUGGGAGUAUAAAAUUAAUGUAACUGGGUUAGUUAAGUAACACAGUAAAACUUUCUUAAACAGGCUUGAUAAAAAUUUCUGCUUAUCAUUAAGUAAAUAGAUAUCCUGUAUUCAACAUAAUUCUAUGUAUUUUAAAAACCCUAGAAUGAUUUUUGGAUACAAGGAAAGUUCCUCUGGUCCUAUGGAAUUUGUUAUAAACAAGUUUUACUAUUAUUAUAUUUAAGUGGGUAAGUGGACUCCUCUCAUGUUAAUUCGAAAAUAUAUAAUAUGCUAUUUUACAUAUAAGUUCAAACAUGUAGAAAAGCUACAGUGUAUAAUUUCUAUUAUUUACAUUUAGCUCCAUCUGAAGUUUGGUGGCAUAUAAUGUUACCAGAAUUCAGAAGUGAACCUCCUCAUUUGACGAGGAAAACUUCUUCUAAUUCAUGUUCCCAUAGCAAUCUGACAAUGUCAUUGAUUUUCUAGAAGUUACAUAGAAUUACUUAAAAUUUGAGACAUUUCCAUUGUAUGAAACUUGUCUGUCAUUUGCUGUAGAACUGUUAAGUUGGGAUAGAGCUGCUGGGAAUUUAGUCUAGUAUGGUGUAGGUGAAAGAGAAAGGUGCAGGAAACUAUUAAAACUAUUUUAUAAACGGAAGAAUAAUAUAUUUAGCUUAUUAAUAUAAAUCCAUUUUGAUGAUUUGUUACUGUAUUUAGAUUUACUGUAUACAUUAUGUAUUAGCAAAUUCAUAAGAUAUAGGCUUUUUAACCAGAGGUUGUAGAGGAAGUUUAGCAGCAAUAUAGUAUAGGUAUAUUACUAAGUACAUAGGUGUCUCGUGAUAGGAAAAAUACAGUUAAAUGAUUUUGAUGACCAGGAUGAAAAAGUCCCCAGUUACUCAUGAUUGCAGAUACAUGUAAGUACCCAGUAUAUAUAAUACUGUUAUGCAAUACUGUUUAUCAAAAUCUGAUAUUUUAUAACAUUUAAAAAGUAAGCUUAUUUAUUUGACAACAAUUGCAUGCAAAGCAAGUUAUAUCAACUAGAUAUAGGAAUCAUGCUUGGCCCAGAUGGAGGCGUGCGGGGACUUACAUUAUGAUCUGAACCACCAUAAUGGUGUGAUCUCUAAAUAAUUCCUUCUAAUCACGACUACAUGCUUGAUGCCUUGUUAUUAAUUGUGAUGCUAUGAUUCUAAACAUGAUUAUAAACCUGCGGCCCAGUUGUUUAAAAGGUGAUAACGUAGCUUCAUCAUUUGACGAGUAAAAAAUCACUCCUGUACCGUAACCUGUGUGUGUACAUAGCUUCAUCAUUUGACGAGUAAAAAAUCACUCCUGUACCGUAGCCUGUGUGUGCAUCUUCCUUAAAAUAGGCAGGUAGGAAGAGACAGGAGAACGCUAUUGUUGUUAUGCUCUACAUUUUAUAUUUGUAAUAAAAGUCUAACUGGCUGAAA